AUGUCAUGCCCAGAUUGUUACAGUGGUGCCGUCCACGAGGGUCAACCGCGCGGAGAAGUCACCAAAGCUUACGGACUGGACACAUACGUCGUCAAUCCAGCUGAUGGACGGCCUGCCAAAGGCAUCGUGGUCAUUCUUCCAGAUGCGUUUGGAUGGGAUUUUGUAAACAUCAGGCUGCUUGCGGAUAGCUAUGCCGACAAGGGAGACUUUAAGGUGUAUGCUCCCGACUUUAUGAAAGGUCACUCGGCACCAUUGUACUUGCUUGACAGCAUGAAGGUCAUGGGAAGCGAUGCUGGAAUCUUUACCAAGCUCCGACACCUGUUCCCUAUUAUAAGUGGUAUAGUUCCUUUUCUCUGGAUCAAUUGGCCUUCCAAAGCAUGGCCUCGAGUCAAGGGCUUCUUUGAACAGCUGCGAAAAGAAGAAGGCGCUUCGCAAUCAGUCGGCGCUGCUGGCUUCUGCUGGGGUGGCAAGCAGGUCGUGCUGCUGGGCCGUGGCGAUCAAAUCGACGGGCGGCCGCUGAUUGAUGCUGGAUUUACCGGACACCCGUCUCUCUUGAGCCUUCCCGCCGACAUUAACGGCCUUACACUGCCAGUAGCAUUUGCUUUGGCCGAUCAAGAUUCCAACCUUCCGGUUGAGAAAGCUGAGGAUAUCAGGACCAUCGUUGAGGCGAAGCCCGAGUCAGCUCGAGGAGAGGUGAAGGUCUACCCUAACUGUAGCCAUGGCUUCUGUGUUAGGGUAGAUCAAAAGUUUGACGACGUUGUAAAGCAGGCAGACGAGGCGACUGAUCAGUGCAUUGCGUGGUUCAAUGCUCACUUUAAAACUUCUACAUAA